AUGGCUCUGCAGGGCCCAGCCCCGCUGCCUGCCCUGAUGGAGAUGCUCCUGCCUGGUCUGACUCACGUUGACACAAACUCUGGGGAAAGGACCAACCCUUUGAAAGCACACCCACUCCAUUCUGAUGAACUCAUAAACCACACACUUCUCCGAGAGAACGUGGAGUCAAGAUUCAGCACUGCAGAAAUUCUCAUACAGUCAAGAGGGGACGUGUUUGGCUAUCUGACCGAGAAAGCAACCUCGACUCGGAGGGAAGCUGCCCCAGAGAUGACGACUUCCUCAUACUUCCCUUCCAACACAAGACAAAUGCCAACUUCUAAGAAGAAGCCACCUUCCUCAAAGCAAGAAAACACAGCCAGGAAGCACCAGAGGCUCCGCGCAACGACAGCAAGGGCCCCCAAAGUGGCUGCCCAUCCCAGUUUGCCAAAUUCAAGGUCCUUCAUCUCUGUGGAGAAUUUGUUCACCGAAGAGGACAUCGUUGUUGCAGCUCAGGAAGAAAAACCCACAGCACCUGAGCUGACAUUGUGGGGCCACAAGAAAGGUGGCCACGGGGUAACCAGCCACUCCCCACUCCAGAUUUCCCCUUUCACAAUAAGCCCUGUGACCCCCCAGACUCUGUCACACAGCCCAGAAGCUACCGAGGCAGUCACGGCAGACUCCAAGGCCCAUCUUCAGGAGGAGGAAGGCAGCAGUCUGGUGAACCUCAAGGCAAAGAACACCAAGGAGGAGGAGGAGGAGGAGGAAGAGGAGGAGGCAGAGCCAGCCAAGGGAGUGUUCUUUGAGGACAGCCAAGAAACCACCACUUCCACCAUUGUAACAACCACUGUGAUUACCACGGAGCAAACACCAACUCUCUGUGGCAUGAACUUCUACGAGCCAGAGGGAUACAUCGACUCAACAGAUUACCCUCCGCUGCCUCAAAACAACUUCCUGGAGUGCACUUACAACGUGACCGUCUACAUGGGAUACGGGGUGGAGCUGCAGGUGAAAAGUGUCAACCUGUCCGAGGGAGAAGUGCUCUCCAUCCGCGGAGUGGACAAUGACAACUUUGUGGUCUUAGCCAAUCAGACGCUCUUGGUGGAAGGGCAGGUGAUCCGGAGUCCAACCAACACAAUCUCGGUUUACUUCCGAACUUUCCCAGAGGACGUGAUUGGGAUUUUCCAGCUACAUUACCAAGUAUUUAUGCUGAGCUGCAGCUUCCCACGGAGACCAGACUCUGGGGAGGUGACUGUCCUGGGCCUGCAUCCGGGGGGCACAGCCCACUUCCACUGCCACCUGGGUUACGAACUGGAGGGCCCUGCCGUCCUGACCUGCCUCAAUGCCUCCAAGCCCCACUGGAGUGCCCCUGAGUCGGUCUGCUCAGCGCCCUGCGGAGGAGUGGUGCGGAAUGCCACCCUGGGCCGCAUCUUGGCUCCGACCCGCCUGCAGAAUCACACCAGCCGCAUGCUGUGUGCGUGGGCCCUCCAUGCCCCCCAAGACCAAAAGCUGCACCUGCACUUCGAGAGGCUUUUGCUGGGAGACGAGCAGAGAAUGAUCGUCUACAAUGGGGAGACGAACCAGUCUCUGGUUCUCUUCGACUCCCAACAGAGUAGCAGCCUGCCCUUUGAAGGGGUGAUCAGCGAAGGCCCAUCUUUGCGGGUGGACUUCAUGUCGGACGACCCCAACACAGACCCCGUGUUCAACAUCCGAUUUGAAGCUUUUGAGAAGGGCCACUGCUAUGAGCCAUAUAUUCAGAAUGGAAACUUCACCACUUCAGACACCACCUACAAUCUGGGGACUGUUGUGGAGUUUACCUGUGACCCGGGGCAUUCCCUGGAGCAGGGGCCAGCCAUCAUCGAAUGCAUCAACAUCCGGGACCCCUACUGGAAUGACACAGAGCCCCUGUGCAGAGCCAUGUGUGGGGGACAGCUCUCCACGGCAGCUGGAGUGAUCCUCUCCCCCAACUGGCCAGGGCCCUAUGCAGAGGGCGAAGAUUGCGUGUGGAGGGUUCACGUCGGAGAGGAGAAGCGCAUUUUCCUGGACAUCCAGCUGCUGAACCUGAGCAAGAGCGACAUCCUCACGGUGUACGACGGCGACGAGCUGGGCAGCCACGUCCUGGGCCAGUUCCUGGGCAGCCGCGGCCCGCAAAAGCUCUACUCCUCCUCGCCAGACCUGACGGUCCAGUUCCACUCCGACCCGGCGGGGCUCGUGUUCGGGAAGGGCCAGGGCUUCAUCAUGAACUACAUCGAAGUGUCACGGAACGACUCGUGUUCAGACCUGCCGGAAAUUCAGAAUGGCUGGAAAACCACAUCCCAUACAGAACUCGUCAGAGGGGCCAAAAUAACCUACCAGUGUGAUCCGGGCUAUGACAUCGUGGGGAGCGACACCCUCACCUGCCAGUGGGACCUCAGCUGGAGCAGUGACCCCCCCUUCUGUGAGAAAAUCAUGUACUGCACAGACCCUGGGGAAGUGGAGCAUUCGACCCGCUUGAUUUCAGACCUGGUGCUGUUAGUUGGGACCACCAUUCAGUACACCUGCAAUCCGGGCUUCGUGCUGGAAGGAAGCUCUCUCCUGACCUGCUACAGCCGAGAAACAGGAACGCCCAUCUGGACCUCAAAGCUCCCGCGCUGCGUGUCUGAGGAGUCCUUGGCCUGCGACAACCCAGGCUUGCCAGAGAACGGCUACCAAAUCCUCUACAAGCGCCUCUACCUGCCGGGCGAAUCACUGACUUUCAUGUGCUACGAAGGCUUUGAGCUCCUCGGCGAGAUCACCAUCAAAUGCAUUUUGGGGCAGCCCUCCCGCUGGAGCGGCCCCCUCCCUGUCUGCCGAGUGAAUCAAGACAGCUUUGAACAUGCUUUAGAAGUAGCAGAAGCUGCUGCCCAGACGUCGCUGGAGGGAGGGAACAUGGCGCUGGCAAUUUUCAUCCCAGUCCUCCUGGUCUCCUUGCUGCUGGGAGGGGCUUAUGUCUACAUCACCAGGUGUCGUUAUUCAUCCAGCCUGCGCCUGCCCCUCAUGUACGCUCAUCCAUACAGCCAGAUCACAGUGGAGACGGAAUUUGACAACCCCAUUUACGAGACAGGGGAAACACGGGAAUACGAAGUGUCCAUCUAGAGCUGGCCACCUGGGACUCUGCAGGCACAGUUGCGAUUUCCUCUCCCAGGACUGCAGCGCUGCUUCGCCGACAACCUGGACAGCUGGCCCUUUUCCUUCCCCCUCUGAUCCAUCUUCUCCCUUGAGAACGUGACUCCAGCUGCAUCCCGAGCGUCACCUGUGGGCAGCAGCAGCUCCGUCUCUCCACCACGGCUCUGCUGCCCCUCGCUGAAGAGGGAGCUGAGCUCUGCCCAGCAGCGCCACUCCAGAACAGCGCAUGAAAGGGAAUGCCCCCCCGUGGCUGGUUUGGUUCUUCCUUUCGGAGUUUUUGAGAAAGAAAGGUGGCUCCAGAAGCCACGCCCGACUCGCCCAAAGGCCCCUUGCUCUGCACCUGCUUGCGGCUGACGGGCUUCUGCUGGCCAGCACCUGCCCCCCCCGGUCAAGAUCUCCUGCUGGUCAAGAGUCCGUGGCGUUCUUGGUGUCACAUUUGCCUCUCUUUGAACUUGACAGGGGUGCCAAAUUCCAAGCCUCUCUGGGGCAGAGGAGAGAAGCAGCGAUCAAGCCAAGAAAGCGGCUGGAACUUCUCUCUUCUAUCGCUUGGGAUUUGUCGAUGCCAAGCGGAACAAUCUGCUUUCUGACUUAGGCAGUGAGUAAGGAAGUGCAGAGAAGAGCGCUUGUGUUGUUGCCCCCUCCCCCAGUGACUCCACUCGGUUUUACUCCCAGCUGGUCGUCUUCAUUUCUGCCCCCCCCCCUCCACAGCCACUGCUGGACAUGGGCUCCUCUCCAUUUACGGAUGAGGACCAAAAUGGCAGACACAGACUGAUGCUCAGGGGAGCCUGAAGCAUGGGAGAUGAUGGGGAGGGAGGGUAGCGGCUCUUGGGCACCAGAAAAGGUACGCGAGGCAUGUGAGUGCGAGUUAGUAGCUUCUCGCAUGGAAGAGGACGCGCAUUGCACUCUUCCUUGUAGUCACCCAGGAAACAAAAGGGAUCACAACCGAAAGUGGGCAAGGGAUCCUCUCAGCAACCUGAACUCCCAAGUGUCUGCAGCUCUCAAAUCACAUCCACGCCGACCUCAUGCACAACUUACACUCAGUGCAGGGGGCUUGUGCAGGAGAACUUCACGCUGGAUCUAGCCCCACAUUGCACUUGUCAAUCAAGAUUUCCACAGCUGAACUGGAAUGACGACAAGGAAAGCCAUCGUUCAGGCAAGCCAGAUGCCGUAAAACGACGAUGCCUCCCACCCCAUCUACCCUGGACUGGUGCACAGGCAAGACGCAUCCCUGUCCCCGUGUCCUCUCUAUGCCGUUUGGACCAUCUCCUUUUAUUGACCAUAGUGCAUUUUUUAAAAAAAGCAAGAGGGAACCCAAAUGGACUGGCUUUCCACAAAAACACCACAACGUCAAAAGUCUAUUGGGUUGAAUCCAAACUAAAUUUUCCAUCAGCAGAGCAGAGCUUCUGCAAGAUCUCCCUCCUGCUGCAGACCCCUGGGCUCCUUGCAAUGCGACUCCCAGAGGGAAGAGGACUCUAAGGGGGCAGUGUGAGGUGGGUCUGCAGGGGGAAAGGGGAAAUGGCUGGUCCGGCCUGGAGUCCCCCGCCCCCGUCUGCUGCAUUGAGACGGCCCUCCGUUCCUCACCCAGCCUGCGUCCUGAUCAGACGGUUCCUGUUAACAGACAAAUGGCCAAACUGGAGGGGGCGUCUGAACCGCCGAUGUCCCCAUCAGCAGCUAUUCCAGUCUUUGUAAAAUGGUGAAAUUGUAACCAUGACAAUGUUUUUUAAUGUCUGUUUUAGUUUAGAAACAGGUUAGUGCAUUUUUGCGAUUGUAAAAGUUAGGCAUUUGGAUUUAUUUAUUUUUUCUUUUUAAAAAUAC